AUGAUGGCAGCUUCGACAGUUGUAUCAGCAAAAGAUCGCUUACUUUUAUGUGAAAUUCUUCCAAAGUUGCUAUGCUGCAGUGAAUACGUUUUGAAUAAAUGUUUUAUCGAUUGGUUAAAUUAUAUAAUUGCUAAUUGUCCAUAUAAAAUGCAAAAUUAUGAUGAAUUUAUCACAUUGGUCAUUGGAUUUUAUCAAAAAACAGAAUUGCAAUUCUACAAUGAACAAAUCACUUCCAUUUCAAUAGCACUUCCAAUCAUAUUAUCUAUGCCCACUAUUCGAUCGAUCAAAAAAUCAAUAAUGUUUAUUAAACCAAAUUCAUUAUCUCAAAAAUUAUUUGAACUUCCAAAAGCAUCAACUUAUCAAACUUACGAUGACUAUAUUCAUUUAAAUCAACAAUGUUCGAUCACCAAACUAUCGCAAUCUAAUUUGCCAUCCCAUUGUGGUAUCGAAAAUUCUCGAUCACCUCACUCAUCAUGUUUAUCAAGAAAGCUAAUUGACAAAUUACUCUUAAUUUGUUGUCAGCAACACGUACCAUCAAAUCGUUACAAUUUAUGUACAUACGAGCAUCGCAAAUAUUUCGCAGUGGAAACGCUAAUAUGGUCGAUCCAACAAAAUGCUUACGAUCUUAUGCAUUUCAGCAAUAUACUGCACUGCGGGAAUCGAGAUCGAGAUUGUCACCGUUUUCAUGUGAUGGUAUCACCACCAAAAGCAGAAGUUGAUAAUAGGUAG